GACGGACAGCGGAGUCUUGUGGCAAAAUCUGGAAAUGAACGGGCAUCUUCAGUUUACGCGGCUAACGAUCUGGCCCUCGAAGCUAUCCCGUCAUAGCGGGAUCUACGAAACUGCGUAAUUAAAUAAAGAAGCGAAUAUGUUCAUAAACGUAGUAUAUAAGGACGCACCGGAGUUGUCUACGAUGAGUCGUCGGCCAUCCAACGAGCCUGACCCUUCACAGGAGAAGACGUUACUCGUCAAUCCCGACUGCCCAGUGCGAAUAAUGCUAGAAUACAUCCGCAAGCAAUGCAAGCUGGGCUCGUUCACCGCAUUCGACCUCUGUGACGACAGUGGGUGCCUGCUGGGUCUGUUUACCCUGGAGACCUAUGCCUACGCGACUGACCGCUUCGAGCACAAGAAGGUUUACUACAUCAUCGUUAUAAAAUCGGAAUCGGACCGUCGGCUAUCGGUUCUGCCGCAGCUGAACCAGGAGAACAGGUUCUACGAGGAGCUGAAGCAACGCGUGAAGGCUUUCAUUUCUGCCAACCCCUCUCCUACAACUUCCAGGAACUCCGUGUCGGAGAAAAACGUGAAAUCGUCACCGUCAACCAGAGUCUCGCCGCCCCCUCGAAAGAAGAAAUAGCAUUUACAUCCCCAAGAAGAUAAAGCUCAUUCGUUAAUAUCUACAUUUGGUAAAAACAUGUUGUUUCAUCUAUAAUGGGACACAGUUUGAUUAAACACAUUGUGCAUUGUUUAUCUAACUGAGAAAGUUAUAAUGCAGUUUUAUAUAAAAUAAAUGUUUUAUGAUUAUGAA